AUGCGGAAUCCUCAAUCCCCGAAGAACAAUACACACCUUACUAAUUCCCUGAUUGGUGGACUCAAAGAGAGCAAUUCGCGUCUGAACCGGUCAGGAAAGGCUCGCAUAAGACACUGGGCUCCAAAAGUGAAGACCGGUUGUAUGACUUGCCGGAUCCGGAGAGUGAAAUGUGACGAGACAAAGCCCGUUUGCCAGCGAUGCUCUUCUACCGGAAGAAAGUGCGAUGGCUACAAUUCAGUCCCCCCAGGGCCGCCCACUACGGUCCUCAGCGUGGUACAGAUGCCUUCCUAUUGGGAGGUAGUAUCAAGUAACCCUGUAGAAACCGAGAGUUUUCGGUUCUUUCACUCAGUCACUAUCCCCACUCUGGCUGGCUUCUUCGACCAGGGCCGCUGGGCUCGCAGAUUGCUCCAAAUGUCGCACCGAUACCCGGCCCUGUGGCAUGCCAUGACGGCGGUGGCCUGCAUUCACCGAGACUUCAUAGCCAACAGCACGCCGAUUACCAUGUCAAGGAUGCAGGAUAGCUCCCAGGUGAGGCUGGCGUUGCAACAGUGGAACAAAUCCAUCCAAAGUCUGCAAGAACUGUUGUCAGGACAGGUUCUGACCAAAUUCGACAGACUGGUCAUCCUGAGUGUUUGCAUCUUAUUCAUCACCAUGUCAAGUCUGCAGGGCCGUCUGUGGCAGGCUUUCGUGCACAUCAAUAGCGGACUGAAGCUGAUUCAUCAAUGGAAAUUGGCGGACAAAGGUGAAGACCAAAGAGAUGAGGAUUCAGAUCUGGAUGUGUUGCUGGUCUUGUUUACCCAACUCGACUCACAAGCGCGCCCCUACCUUCCUAGUCUUUCGAAUAACCUUCAAUGGACGGACAAGCAGAUCAUUUUGUCGUCGUCUACCAACCCCUUCAAGUCUCUGCUAGAGGCGUGUGUUGCCUUGGAGGUGCAUUUCAACAAAAUGAUGCAAAUAUAUACCAACAAUUCCAUAUAUAUUGAUGGUUUAGAUGCUGGGAUGCAGAUCAAGAGACAACAGUGUCUUCUUGGUCUUACUGAAUGGGAUGCCAGGCUCGACAAAUAUCUUGGAAGAACACCACAGCCAGAAAAUGGGAAGGCUUUAAAACUCCUCUAUGUCCGGCGCAGACUCGCACAAGUGGCUCUAUCCAUGGACCUGACGGAAGGCGAACUAGCUCACGACGACUUCGUCGAGGACUAUGCAUACAUGCUCAGAUUGAUGGGCGACAUUCUAGGAGACCCCAUGGAUCCCUUAGACAGCCAGCCUGCAGAUAUAGACCAGUCACAAAACAUGAGCUUCCACCUGGAGACAAUCACGACGGAGCCAUUAUUUUUGAUUGCACUCCGCUGUCGCGAACCCACAAUCAGGCGGCAGGCGAUCCGUCUUCUCAGACAAUACCCAAGGCGUGAAGGCAUCUGUGAAGGCAUGGCAGCCCUGAAGAUUGCGGAAAGAGUAAUGGAAAUUGAAGAGGAAUGUUUGAGUAGCCCUGAAAAUGCUUGCGCUCGUGGGAAUUGGAUUUGUGAGAACCACCGAGUAACUUGGCUACAAUUCUUCCUGGUUCAUGAUCGGCAGGCGCGGACUGUGGUGCACACUCGGGAGGAUCUGCUGCACGGCCAGCCUGGAAGAGAGAUUGUGACGACGUACUGGUGA